GAUAUCCUUUUGCCUUGUUCCAGCGCUAUUUCCUCUUCCAGAAGGAGGCCUACCUCAUUCAUCUCUACAAUGUGUUCACAGGACUCUCAAUUGCUUACUUCAAUUUUGGGAUGCAGUUCUUUCAUUCCCUGCUAUGUGUCCUAAUCCAGUUCUUCGUUCUGAGACUAAUGGGUCGCACAAUCACUGCCGUCUUCACCACGUUCUUCUUUCAGAUGACGUACCUUAUGGCUGGAUAUUACUUCACAGCCACAGAACAUUAUGACAUCAAGUGGACAAUGCCACAUUGUGUUUUGACGCUCAAGUUGAUCGGUCUGGCCAUCGAUUACUACGAUGGAGGAAAAGAUCUGGAGUUCCUGACUCCUGAGCAGCGGCGAUUUGCUGUCCGGGGAGUGCCUACCUUGCUGGAGGUCUCAGGAUUCUCCUAUUUCUAUGGUGCCUUCAUGGUGGGGCCUCAGUUCUCCAUGACAGACUAUCAGAAACUGGCAAGGGGUGAGAUGACUGACGUUCCAGGCCAGAGACCCAAUAGUUUCCUGCCUGCUCUCAAGCGCCUGAGUUUGGGUCUCUUGUUUCUAGUCACCUAUACCUUGGCAAGCCUGUACGUCUCUGAUGAUUACCUCAUCUCAGAUGACUACAUGGAGAAGCCUUUCUGGUUCCGCUGUGGUUACAUACUGAUCUGGGGCAAAAUUAUACUCUACAAAUACGUGACUUGCUGGCUCGUUACGGAAGGUGUCUGCAUCCUUGUUGGUCUGGGGUACAAUGGGAAGGACAAGAGUGGAAAGCCGUUGUGGGAUGCCUGUGCCAACAUGAAGGUCUGGCUGUAUGAGACAACACCUUUGUUCACAGGGACCAUUGCUUCCUUCAACAUCAACACCAACGCUUGGGUGGCCCGCUACGUCUUCAAGCGCCUGAAGUUCCUGGGUAACAAGCUGCUGUCACAGGCACUGGCUCUGUUCUUCCUGGCCAUUUGGCACGGGCUGCACUCUGGCUACCUGGUCUGCUUUCAGAUGGAGUUGCUUAUAGUCAUCGUUGAAAGACAGGUCAUAAACCUUGUUCGGGAUAGUCCUGCCCUAAGCACUUUGGCCUCCAUCACUGCCUUGCGGCCCAUCUUUUACGUGCUGCUGCAGGCCAACCACUGGAUGUUUAUGGGGUACUCCCUGGUGCCAUUCUGCCUUUUCACCUGGGACAAGUGGAUGAAGGUGUACAGGUCUAUUUAUUUCCUCGGCCACGUGUUGUCCUUCACCUUACUGUUGGUGUUGCCUUACAUUCGCAGAUUACUUGUGCCACAAAAAGAAAAGCUAAAAAAAGCAGAAUAACAGCCAAAAGAUUGUACCACCUGUGCAUUUGUAGGAGUCGAUUUAAACGCUCCGGAAGCAAAGCGUCACCUGCCAAGUUUGCUGUGUCGAAGUAUGACUUUUUCCAACGUGAGGAGGGGGGAAAAGAGAAAGCACAGGGUCAGAGACCCAAAAGGAGGGGAAGGGAGUAAGCCUCCUCCCCGAUCCUCCACCUUCUGUAUGUUGCCUUAUUUCUCUGCCGCCCUCCGGCGGACGCUC